AUGCAGGCAAAUAAGAGCUCUCCGUCAGCCAAGUACAAUUUUCCUAAAGCUUGCGGCUCAAAUUCUGUGGCCUACCAGCUUGUCGACGGGAAAACAGGCACCAUAACACCGGCAACCAAGACUCAGCUGAUCAUACGAGAUACACACGACGCCAAGGCGUUAUGCAUGAACGUUAUGCACGCGGACACAUGCACCGUCGGCCGCAUCCUCCAGCGAGAAAUGCCAUACCUCGAGCACCUUCAAAUCGAGACCGUGCUAUGCUAUCCCAACACCAACAACCGCAUCCGCUGCCCCGAUCCGAUUCCAUACCUCCUGUUUGCUGUCAGGUUCCCGGCGCUGCAAUCCUUGAUGGUACGCGACACCUGCAUCACUAUGGACACGCCACUGUGCCGCAACCUGCGCUUCCUCUACCUCGAGCACCAGGACAAGGUGGCGAACAGCCUUCAUCUCGCAGACUUCCUUAACAUGCUCCACAACUGCGUGGCACUCAAGGGGCUGUGGCUGGACAGAUACAUCGACGUCUCUCAGCCAAUUGGGACCCGGCCUCCGCUGUCUCUAGAGCAUCACAAGCAGCUCACGCACGUCCGGUUCAACGACGAGCCACACGUCGUGUCGGCGAUCCUUUCUCAGCUGGUCAUCCCCCCGCAUGUCGCCAUCGCGACCGUCGCGUACACUGCCAGCGAACCUCCGCCUUUUGCCUUCCACGCGAUGCUCCCCGACGACACGGACAAGUUGCAGAUCUUGCGUCAUGCCACAGACAUCAGGGUAUGCGACACAGAGCGCCACGGCCGCGGCACCGCUGCACAUAUCCGCGGGCCCGACACCGAUAUCCCCUUCAGCAGGGAGAUCCUCCCUAACCACGGCCACAAAGUGGCACGGGAUCAUGACGGCGCGCUGCUCCAAUGCAUGAUCGCACAUCUCGACGUCUACAAGGCCUGCCCUCUGCGGACGCUCAAGGUCGUCGGCAACCUUCAAUACAUGAACAAGACGAUCUGGGCCACCGCCUUGCACCGCUUCCCCAACCUCGAAGUCCUCGAUGUCGAGGACACCCAGCCUAUGCCUUCGUCCUCAUUGGACGUACUCCUCAUGGCGCUGCAAGCUCGGUCGCCGGGCGCGGAGCAGCUAUUUGUCAUCUGCCCCCGACUCCAGCGCUUCCGCUUCGUAGGCAGGAUCUACAGCGGCCGCCCAUUGGAUGCAGUUCAUAGCUGUUUCUCAGAGCGUGGAGGUGACAAGUCUGGCACGCAACCGCUGCGCGAGCUGGUGCUUGAUGUUGAUCUGGACCCGGACACAGAAUGGAGGCCGGCUUUGAUUGCCAUUCACGAACAAAAGCUGAAGUCUAUCGUGGGAUCUGGUGUUAGCUUGCGUAUCGUCGCGCCGCGCUAA